GAGGUAAAGCUCAGCUGGGCAGCCCACCACUGCCGGCCCGAUCCCUUACCCCGCAGCAUACCGAAACCAACACUGGGGUACCACAUACUUCCAAGUUCUACCAGUUCACAGUAGGUCGUGGACCAGGCCCUAGUCACAGAUGCGCCUGGCCGUUGGCAAGCUGCUGUCGCCACUCCUCAAAUUCAAACACAACAUGGCCACCCAAUUAACGCCCCUUCCGGAGAUCGAACGUCUCAGUCCGGGCUGCAUCCGCAUCCUUGGCGGCAACCCGGGGAAGUUCACUCUUCAGGGAACCAACACCUACCUAAUCGGGACGGGGCCAAACCGUCUUCUCAUCGACACGGGCGAGGGCAAGCCGUCAUGGAUCACGGCACUUACACGCGUGCUACACGAAGAGAAGGCCACAAUCACAAGCGCCAUCAUCACGCACUGGCACCACGACCAUACAGGCGGCGUGGCUGACCUCCUUAAAUCCUGGCCAGGGACCAAAAUCUACAAGCACCAACCGGAGUCGGGCCAAUUAGACAUCGAAGAUGGCCAAACGUUCCAGAUCCCCGGCGCUUCCCUCACCGCAGUCCACGCCCCCGGACACACGGCCGACCACAUGGUCCUUGUCUGGCCAGAAGAAGACGCUCUGUUCACGGGCGACAACGUCCUCGGCCACGGCACAGCCGUGUUUGAGGACCUAGGCGCCUACAUGGCCAGCCUGGAGAAGAUGAAGAGUCUCUUCAGGGGGACAGGGACAGGGACAGCUUACCCCGGCCAUGGCCCGGUGAUCCCGGACGGGCCGGGCAAGAUCGCCGAGUAUAUCCGGCAUCGGGGACAGCGGGAGCAGCAGGUUGUGCAGGCACUCCUCACCCCGCGGCCAGGGAACGAAGGGACCCCGGCGGUGGUCGAAGCGGAAAGUGGGAAAGGGAGUGCCUGGACGGUGAUGGACCUGGUGAAGGUCAUCUAUCGGGACGUACCAGAGAGCUUGCACCCUGCGGCGGCGGGCGGAAUCAUGCAGAUUCUACAGAAGCUGCAGAGAGAAGGGAAGGUUUCGGAGGUGGUCGAUGGGGAUGAGGUGAAAUGGAGGCUCGGAGGUCGGCCGGGUCCAAGCCGAUCCGCCCUGUGACGCCCGGAAAGGAUGGCCAACACGUAAGGAGAUGGUUCAGCUGAGUUCUGGCCACUUGGGAUCCCACAACGCUUGUGGGCUGAAGAUGAUUCAGCCCUAUGAAAUGAGCCUCUGACGUCAGAGCAGUGAGAAUAUUCUACUACCGUAAGCUUCAAUCGACAUUACCC